AUGACUGGUCGCCGUGGGCCCGGUCGCCCUUCUCUCGCUGAGAGCCUGGCUUCCACCCAAACCAACUCUCCCGACCCUGCCUCUGUCACUGGCAGCGGCCGGCUUACCCGAUCAGCUUCAUCCAAGAAUCUGGGAGCUUCUGCGCAGCCUCAUGCCGAAACCUCCACCCCAGUCGUCGCAAAGAGAGGUAGAGGUAGACCCAGUUAUGCUGCCAACGACUCGGCCUCCUCGGCUCCGUCUGCUGCAGCCUCGGCCGAUUUCACUUCUGCCAGCGAGGAUUCAACUCCAGCGACCAGCAACGUCGCCACGCCUGCCCCGUCUGUGUCCGCUGACGGAAGCUUGAAGCGGACGACCAGAUCUCGCCCGUCACACACGAACUUCGAGGUCGCGAUUCCAAGCGUUGUUGAUCUCUCACAUGAACGUGCUCUUCGUCACAGCGAGUACUCGCUUAAGCCUCAACCCAAGCGCAAGCGUUUUGAGAUAAGAGACAGCGACGACGACGAAGAGGAUUCCGACACUUCUCCUGACGCCAAGGUGGCCCGUCGUUUGCAGGAUGAGGAGAAUCGCAAGGGUCUCGCCGGCACUUCUGACGCGGAUCUUGCCUUGCGACUGCAGCAAGAGGAGUACAACACGACGUCUCUUCCAGGAACCUCUCAGCGUGGCCGUCGCAGUCUUAGAUCGGCUGUCGCAUCUACUCCUGCGCAGCGUUCAAGCGAGGAUCUCAGCGAACCCGACACAGACGACCAGCCUCUUGCCGCAAGAGCUAGAGCUGGCCGUGGUCGUCCUACUAAGAGCAAGGCUGCUGGAAAGAAGCCGGCAGCAAAGAAGCAGAGGUUCGUGGUGAACGACUCAGAAGAAGAUGAUGAACUUGCCGGCCCCAUGCAAGUCGAUGACUCCGAUGAGGCGUUUUCGGCUCAGGGAAGCGACUCAGAGGACGACUGGGUUGAAGAGACGCAGAAGCCGGCCAGACGCUCCGCAGCCGCUGGUGCUACCAGACGAUCGCACCCGAUCGUACCUUCUCGCACUACAGGUCAAUCGUCUACCGCUACUCCAACAGAGCUCCCUGAGGAUGAGUCCGACGGCUUGUCUAGUCUCUCAGAUCUGACCGACGCAUCCUCAGUCUCGAGCAGCUCCAAUAGCAAUGGCGUCCAGAAUGCUGUUGUCAGACAAUCCCGCCAACGUCGUGCCUAUCAACGCGGCAGUCGCCGGCGAGGCGUGCUGGAGCGUAACAGGCUUGAGCAUCACCACCCGGAGAUUAAGACGAUGUGGGAUGAGCUGAAGGCUAUGGCGCCCAUCAGACCCGAGAAGAUCUCUCAGCCUCCGCGAAUCUCUCGCUCGCUCAAGCCUUUCCAGCUUGAGGGAGUCGCAUGGAUGAUUGCCAUGGAGCAAGCUGAGUACAAAGGUGGUCUCCUGGGUGACGAGAUGGGUCUCGGAAAGACGAUUCAAGCGGUUUCGUUGAUAAUGUCCGACUAUCCCGCAAAGACUCCCUCUCUGGUCCUGGUUCCACCUGUUGCCCUGAUGCAAUGGCAGUCGGAAAUUGCAGCCUACACCGACGGCACCCUGAAGACUUUUGUCUACCAUGGCUCGAUUGCCAAGACGAAGCAGAUGACAUUGAAAGAUCUUAAGAAGUACGAUGUCAUCAUGAUGUCCUACAACAGUCUCGAGUCAAUGUACCGCCACCAAGAGAAGGGUUUCGCUCGCAAGAACGGUACUCACAAGCAGGAGAGCUUGAUUCACAAGCUCGACUUCCACCGCGUCAUCCUUGAUGAAGCCCACAGCAUCAAGGUGCGGACCACCAUGACGGCAAAGGCAUGCUUCGCCCUCAAGACGAAGUACAGAUGGUGCUUGACUGGUACGCCCCUUCAGAAUCGCAUUGGCGAGUUCUUCUCCUUGAUUCGCUUCCUCAACAUCACGCCAUUCGCCUCAUAUCUCUGCAAGCAGUGCCCCUGCACUAGUCUGGAGUGGAAUCUUGAUGACGACCACCGCUGUAACGGCUGCGGUCAUGCUGGUAUGCAGCAUGUUUCCGUCUUCAACCAGGAGCUUCUCAAUCCAAUUCAGAAGUUUGGAAACCUUGGUCCAGGACGUGAGGCUUUUCAGAAGCUUCGUCUGAUGACCGACCGUAUCAUGCUUCGUCGUCUGAAGAAAGACAACACCGAUUCCAUGGAGCUGCCAGUCAAGGAGAUCUACGUCAACCGGCAAUUCUUCAGCGAAGAACAGAACGACUUUGCAAACAGCAUCAUGACCAACGGUCAGCGCGAAUUCGAUACUUAUGUCUCUCAAGGUGUUUUGCUCAACAACUACGCCAACAUUUUCGGUCUCAUCAUGCAGAUGCGCCAAGUCGCAGACCACCCCGACUUGAUCCUGAGGAAGAACGCGGAAGGCGGCCAGAACACUCUUGUCUGUUGCAUUUGUGACGAGCCGGCCGAAGAUGCUAUCAGGAGCCGCUGCAAGCAUGAAUUCUGCCGCACUUGUGCCCGAAGUUAUCUCAUGCAGUCUGAUGAGCCCGACUGCCCCCAGUGCCAUAUCAACUUGGCCAUCGAUCUGGAGCAGCCUGAGAUCGAGCAAGACGAGGUCCAGGUCAAGAAGAGCUCAAUCAUCAAUCGUAUCAAGAUGGAGAACUGGACCUCAUCGUCCAAGAUUGAGCUUCUUGUCCACGAGCUUCACCGACUUCGCUCCGAUAACGCUUCCCACAAGUCCAUCAUCUUCUCGCAGUUUUCGUCAAUGCUGCAGCUGAUCGAGUGGCGCCUUCGGCGUGCCGGCUUGACCACCGUGAUGCUGGACGGCAGCAUGAGCCCAGUCCAGCGCCAAGCUUCGAUCAACCACUUCAUGACCAAGCCUGAGGUUGAGUGUUUCUUGGUAUCUCUCAAGGCUGGUGGUGUCGCUCUGAACCUCACGGAGGCAUCGCGCGUGUUCAUUGUGGACCCCUGGUGGAAUCCUGCAGCAGAGUGGCAGUCUGCUGACCGCUGCCACCGUAUCGGCCAGACACGUCCUUGCACCAUCACCCGUCUCUGCAUUGAAGACUCUGUGGAGAGUCGCAUGGUUUUGAUUCAGGAGAAGAAGACAAACAUGAUCAAUUCCACUGUGAACGCUGAUGACAAGGCCAUGGAGUCUCUCAGCCCUGAGGAUAUGCAGUUCCUCUUCCGGGGUACUUGA